UGCCCGAGCCGCGAGUGCCCCUCCCUCCCUUUGCCUCCAUCUCUCUCGCGUAGCCCGACGCCAAAUCCAAGCUAAUUAAGCUGCGUACACGCGUCGGUGACAGCCAGAACUCUACGCACAUUUACUCGCAGUAAUUAAAAAGCUGAACUGCGAUCGCCAGUCCUGUCUGUCUGCAGACGAGAUGGGGAGCAGCUCCCGGUGCCCACCAGCUGCUCUCCUUGCGCCAGCCUGUGCUUUGACGACACUGCUCCCCUUUUCGCCCCCUAUAUAAACCACCGCUCGCCACCGCCUUCUCCUCACUACUCCACCGAGUGUCGACGAGUGUAUCCGCACUAUGGCCCUCAGGCUCGCAGUCUUUCUCUCCGCAUCUCUUCUUAUAAUUGUCACCGCUAAAGUCGCGUCGGAUGGCGAGGAGCGGCAUUUUGUGAAUGAUGCUUAUGCGAAGCCCCCGGCGGCAGCUGUGGCGCCGCCGGUGGGGGUGCCUCCGGCGCCGGCGCCUCCUGCUCCCCGGUUAAUCAAGGACGUCCGAGAGUGCGGGCCGGCGUGCGACGAGCGGUGCGCGCUGCACUCGCGGAAGAACGUGUGCGGGAGGGCGUGCGUGACCUGCUGCAAAGAGUGCAAGUGCGUGCCGCCGGGGACGUACGGCCACACCGAGCUGUGCGGCGUGUGCUACACCGAAUGGAAGACCCACGGCAACCGCACCAAGUGCCCUUGACCCGGACGCUAGCUAGCUGCUGGCUGCUGCUUUUGAGAUGUUCUUGCUAUAUGUGGCGUCGAGUGCUUAGAAACUGUGUUUCCCAUCCUCUUGUCUCUUGUGCUGGGCCUCUGGGAGCUCCAUGGGGGGCCAUGGAUCUGUGGGUUAAUGGAUACGUCUGCCUGCAUCAAUUGCUGUCAAAAACAAACAAAAAAAAAAAAACACUCGUUGGGUUAUCAAUAAUUUAUUGUAGCUUCUGUGAGUCAGUGAGUGAGUCAGUGAGCGAGAGAGAAGCUCCUUGGUGUAAUUUAAAAGGUGAAAGAAAUAGAUGGGGCAUCAGGUUCAGCGGUGGA